AUGCUCACGCGAGCAGCUCGUCGCCGGCAUGCUCUCCGUUACAUUCAACGAGCAGCAGAUGGUAUCCAGUUACCAUGGCUGUGCCCUGCCCUCACACAGCCGUACUCAACUCUCCCGCACAAUACCUCGAGACCAUCUCGAGCGCCAGCGCCGCGUUCAAACUUCACGCCUGCACAACGGACUCAACUUCGACAUCUAGCUUCUCCAGCAUCCGCCCCGGAUCGUUCCAGCCCCGCCGAUGAUUACAUACCCUUUUCAUUCGGCAAUGGAAGCUUCCAUUCUCCGCGCGACCCUCGGCUGCCUCAUUUUUCUGCUCUCACUCCAUUCGACAUCAAUGAUGUCCUUAUGUUGGACAACAGUAAAGCUCUCUCCGAUGAGCCUGCGUACUCGGAGCGCCCGAAUGGUUAUAAACACAUGAACAUAGCUGAAAUGGAGGCAACACUGGAUGCCUGUUUACACGUUCAAAGGUGGAGCAGGGCAUUUACCCUCCUCUCCCAGCUGAGUGUCCUUCUUCAGAAUAACCAGCAAAGGCUUUUGGAUAUCCAUAACAGGGUCUUAGGAGCGAUGGCCGAAGAUCUACUACGCAAUCAAAACUACGAGCACGCGCCACGCAUCAAUGACUGGGUUGAAGUCGUUAUGAGAAAGGCUAGUGUGAAGCCGGAUGCUCACACUUUUGCGUUGAAAUUAAAAGUUGCUCUAGAUUCUCUACAUGGUUCUAAAAGAGAUCGGACGGUGCAGAGAUACUGGGAGAUGACAAAACAUUAUGGGUUGGAAAGUGAGGUCUACAGUCUCCGAGAUAUUCUCACUGAACGUGACCUGGGGAGCCUCUCGGAAAUCUGCCCCCAUGAGGUGAAGUUGCCUCAAGAUAAGCUCUUGGCAGAUACCAACCUCCGAGUGAGUGCAGUCAAAUCUGAAAAGCAUGCAGAAGCUGGAUUAGAAAUCCGACAAACGGAGCAGAAGGGAUUAGGCCUUGCCACCCUGAAAAAGACCAUUCGUGCCUUGUCCGCCCAAGAAGCAGCCUCACAAGAGGUUGAGCCUGCGGAAGAUCCUCUGUUUGCUCGACAAAAGAAAUUGGAAAGAGAAGGUUUUGAAAUCGCCUUGCAACGAUGGAAAGCAGAGUACAAAAUGAGAGCCACUAUUGGUGCAGUAGACCUCUCUCACGGAAUGCGAGGCGGACUUCUCUGGAUUUGGCAUGAAUCGCUGGCUAGUAAGAUCACCAAAGAACUAGAUCUGGUUAUGAAGGCGGAGUCAAUCACCGGCAGAAAAUCAGCACAGGAAAAACUGCGACUCGAGUAUGGACCGCUUCUAGCAUGCCUGCCUCCAGCAAAAGUCGCUGCCACAUCCUUGAUUGCGAUAAUGAAUAUUUACUCCAGAUCCGGUGUCGCAAACCCUGUCAAAUUGGCACGCCUUGUGACUGACAUCGGACGAGCUAUUGAGGAUGAAUACCACGCAGACACUAUGGCCCGGGAGUCUCAGGCCCUUCUGAAGGCGCACAAGAAAAGACCCAAAGACCUGGGCGAAGAAUGGCUGGACACCAAACCUGUACAGCUGUUCAGGCGUUCUGGGCACCAUAGUGCGAAAAGUUACAAGUAUGGGCGAAAUUGGACCAACGUUCAACACGCCAAGCUUGGAGCAAUUGUCUGCGAGCUUAUGUUCGAUGCGGCCAGAAUGGAGAUUUCGAAAUUGAACCCGACGACUCAGAAAUAUGUUUCGAUUGCUCAGCCAGUUUUCUCUCGCGCAACUAUUUGGCAAAACGGACGAAGAAUCGGAAUGGUGUCUAUGCUCGAGGAAUUCGCUAAGCUCUUGAUAUCACAACCGGCCGAACAUGUUGUAGCAAAACAACUGCCAAUGAUCUAUCCGCCGAAACCAUGGACGGGCUUCACUGAAGGCGGCUUCUUGGAAUCGAAACAACCUUUUCUUCGCGUGAAAGGCCAUGAGAUUGCCCAACGACAAUACGCAGAAGCUGCAGCGGAUAGAGGCGACCUCGACCAAUUGUUUGCUGGAAUUGAUGUCCUCAGCAGGACUGGUUGGCGUAUUAAUCAACAUGUAUUCACUGUGAUGGUGGAGGCAUGGAACAGCGGGAAUGAGAUUGCAAAUUUUCCGCCACUCGAAAAAAUCUUCCCCAAGCCUGAAGCCCCAGGACCAAAGGCGACCCCAAAGGAACGGUGGCAAUGGUUCCAGAAUCUGCGGAAGGUUGCGAAUGAGAAAAGUGGUAUUCACUCGGAACGGUGCUUUCAGAACCUGCAGAUGGAAAUCGCGAAGUCAUAUCUGAACGAGACGUUUUACUUGCCUCACAAUAUCGACUUCCGUGGGCGUGCUUACCCAAUCCCACCUUAUCUAAAUCAAAUGGGUGCUGAUAAUUGCCGGGGAUUACUGUUGUUCGACAAGGGUCGAGAGCUCGGCUCUGAGGGCCUGCGAUGGCUUAAAAUUCACCUUUCCAAUGUUUACGGCUACGAUAAAGCUAGUUUGGCCGAUCGAGCCCAGUUCCCGAUGGAUCACCUUGACAAGAUAUAUGACUCAGUUAGAAGGCCAUUGGAUGGGGAACAAUGGUGGCUUACGGCAGAAGAUCCAUGGCAAUGUCUUGCAACUUGCUUCGAACUUACAAAUGCCCUCGACUCUCCAGAUCCAACGAAGUUUGUGUCCAGACUGCCGGUCCAUCAGGAUGGUUCUUGUAAUGGUCUGCAACAUUACGCCGCGCUCGGUGGAGAUGUUGCUGGAGCAAAACAAGUUAACCUUGAACCUGGUGACUUGCCUUCUGACGUUUAUACUGGAGUCUGCGAGCUAGUCAAGGCGGCAAUAAAAGAAGACAGUGCUCGGGGUCUUGAUAUCGCAAAACGACUUGAAGGCCGAGUCACGAGGAAGGUCGUCAAGCAGACGGUCAUGACCAACGUGUAUGGGGUCACCUUUCUUGGAGCAAUGCGCCAAGUUCAGAAGCAAGUCGAAGCCUUGAUGCCUGAUCUCGCCAAGGAUCAGGUCUCUGGAAAAGCUGCAACAUACAUUGCAAAGAACAUCUUUCGUGGCCUCGGUACUUUAUUUACUGGUGCUCAUCAAAUUCAGUACUGGCUUGGCGAUUGUGCGAACCGCAUCAGCUCUUCGAUAUCUCCCUUUCAAAUGGACAAAAUGUAUAGUGAAGCAUAUGGCAUUGGUGAUUCUGUUCCUGAGGGUCAGAACACGGAUCAACGGCAAACCAACAAGAAGGAACGAAAAGAGUCCUUGGAAUCUGGAAUGUUCCGCACAAGCGUCAUAUGGACUACCCCUCUCAAACUUCCAGUGGUUCAACCAUAUCGAGUGAACAAAACCCAGUCUAUUCAGACCAAUCUACAACACAUCUCGCUUGCUCAGCCGAGUGUAGCAGAUGUGGUCAACAAACGCAAGCAAUUGCAAGCAUUUCCCCCGAAUUUCGUCCAUUCAUUGGAUGCCUGUCACAUGGCCCUCUCUGCUUUGAAAGCCAAUGAGCGUGGUCUUUCGUUCUCAGCAGUUCAUGACAGUUUCUGGACUCAUGCUAGUGAUGUCAACACACUCAACACAUUGCUGCGUGAGGCAUUCAUUCAGAUGCAUAGCGAAGAUAUUGUGGGGCGAUUGUUGGCAGAAUUCCAGAAGCGCUAUGAGGGACACUAUUACCUAGCUCAAAUCAACAAGUCAAACAAGUUGGGGAAAGCCAUUACCGCCUAUCGGAAGCAAAUGGCUACUGAAGGACUCCUACCCCAAGGACAUGGCUAUAAAGGCAUCGCGGAGAGACGCCAUGCAGAGUUGCUCCGCGAAGUUAGGAAAAUGAAACUGAUGGCCAGUGAAGAUGCUAAGGAAAGGGAAGAAGGCGAGAAGAUGGUGACCGCUGCCACCCUGUUCAAGGAGAUGGAUGGGGAGAAAUAUCUUUUCAGUCGCAAUUCACUAGGCGAAACAGCAAUUGGUACCAUUCCUGACAACGUGGACGAAUCUGUUCUUGAGCAAGCGAUGCACUCGGAAGAUGCAGUGGGUGAUGUCAAUCUCGUACGGACACUCGAUCCACUGAACGAUUCGGUCGCGGAGGUGGAUGAGGAGGAGGAUAUGGUCGAGAUAAAUACGUCGGCCGCCUCCCACAUUGAGGAUCCCCUACUGGAUCUGCAUCGACGCAAUGCUUUUGGAGACAAGCUGCCCAAAAAGGCACAGUCCAAGAAGAGUCUCAACAACCAGGUUUGGCUAUGGCUCCCAUUGGAGUUCAAGGCCGUGCCCAAAAAGGGUGAAUUUGACGUCCGACGGCUGAGAGACAGCACAUACUUCUUUUCAUGA